AAAUGUCACUGUCAAACAGAAAUGGAAUGGUUAAGUUUUGCUAGAAAAAAACUUUGUUUUGUUGUUGUUUUAAUAAAAUGAUAGAAUACGGUUCACUGUGCUUUGUGUGUAUGUAAAUGAAGGCGUGACUCAGUAAUGUGAAUUAAUAAGUCAAUCAUACUAAUUGAUAAGAUUAAACUCCAAUCAAUGCUCUCUAAUAUGUUGAAAAUGAACAUUUUGCAUUUUAUUCUCCUAUUUAUAUUAGCUGAAACAGCUAAUUCUCAGAAUGUCAGUGCAAUACUACCACUAAACAAAACCACAUCAUGGGCUAGUAAAGAACUGUACAGUGGUUUUUUUAAACUCAACUCAACGUCAACCCUACAAGUUGACUUCUCGAAUGUUAAUAAAAAUGUUUCAUUUAUUAUAUUCCAAGUACACAGUCACUUGUAUAACAUUACUUUAUAUAACAACACAAUUAGCAGAAGCUCUUCUGUGUCCGGAAGUAAUUUGGGCAUGUACAGUAGUGUUAAACCAAAGUUAGAUACAUUCUAUGUUUAUAAUCCAAAUGUGGAUGUUAAUUUGAGACUGUUUAUUACUGUACAUGGAUAUUUAGCUGCAGAUCCAGUACCAGGUGGUUGUAAUAUGGAAUUCCCAAUACCAACAUCCCCAUACAUGAGAACAAAAUACACCAAAGACUAUGUACUAGUUGAUGCCCCUGCCGCUAAAGACAUGUCAGAUGUUGACUGUAAUACUGUAGACUCAGUUUAUUUGUUUUUCUACAAAAUGUAUUUGCCGGAGAGGCACUAUGAUGCUGAUAAUUAUUUUGAUGGCUUAAGAAAAAUGAUGACUAUGGAUGGUAUAACAGAAUUUGGGGAAUAUAUACCACCAAGCGGUGAUCGCUUACGUCGCACACUCAGCGCGUACCCCGGUACUGGCGCCGUGUACGUAGCCGUAGCGUACAGUGCGUCCAACACUAGCGCGUAUUCUGUGUACGCACCUACGACUACGUACGCCUGUGCACCACUCGAUGAUGAUGGCUGUGAACUACUUGAUGAUUUUCUUUCUCAACUGCUUUGUGCGUCGCUGAUAUUCUUCGGUGUUUUCUUGUGCUAUUUUGGGCACCGGUUCUUCAAGACUGAAAUGUACCUCAUAGGGUUGAUAAGUGGUGUGAUUGUCACUUACAUUUUAAUUGCCCUUAUUGCUGAUCUCGAUCGACCUGCGUUACUAGGUGUAUCAGUGUUAUCAGGAAUGUGUUUCGGAGCUAUUUGGCUGGCGUUUUGGUGGUUUUACGGGAUGCCACUGUUCGCUGUCAUGUUGUCCACGUUGAAUGUCGGGUUUUUGUUCGCGGCCAUUAUUUAUUUCGGAUUACCAGGUGGUCUAGUAGCCCUUCAAUCAGACCUAAACUUCUGGACCUUGUUCGUAUCAGUGAUGCUGCUUACGUCACUAAUGUUUGCGUCCAUGACGUUUCUGUCCAAUAUUCUGUGCUGCGCGAUACUCGGCGCGUACGCGACUAUAUACCCUAUGGACUACUACUUUGGGUCCAAUUUGAAGUACAUAGUGAUCAACACUGUGAGGAGAGCCACGGUGCCGCAUUUCAAUAAGGCGGUGUUGUCCCCGCCGUUUGAGUGGAGAGACGCACUCAUGACCUUGCUAUGGCUCGCGCUGGCCAUGAGUGGGUUCCUGUUCCAACACUUCCACAAUCGUGGUCGCCCGCCUUUCCCCCCGCCGCCCCGCAGUGUGCGACCCGGGGUACCCGGCUCAUACUACGGAGUUUCACAUCCUAGGAGGCGAACCGGUGUCGUCAUUCGACCGAGGAUACCGGAACAAACCGAAAGGACGCCACUUUUGGCAUGAGAUAAAACAAAAAAGCAACUAAAAUAUCAUUAGACUUUACAAUUAUAUUAUACUCAAUAAAAAAACGCCAUUUUAUACUCAAUAGCAAGCUAAAUUAUAUACAUACUCAUAUAAAUAUUAUCGUAAGGCCUGCACUGCUCUAUAAGAUAUAGAUAAUACUUAAACACACAUACAAUUAAUUUUACAACAUAU